AUGACGGCCGCAGCCAUGGCCGUGCAGAAGGGCUCCAGCACCAAAGAAGAGAGGAAGUUAAGGAAACCCCUCAUUGAGCGGAAGCGAAGGGAAAGGAUUAACAACUGCUUAGACCAGCUGAAGGAGACCGUUGUUGGCGCAUUUCACCUGGAUUCCAAACUGGAGAAGGCAGACAUCCUGGAGAUGACCGUGAAGCACCUCCAGAACAUCCAGAACAGCAAGCUCAUGGCUGACUCCAAAGUGGGCCUUGAAGCACAGCAGAGAUACAGCACCGGAUACAUUCAGUGCAUGCACGAGGUUCACAACCUUCUCCUCACCUGCGAGUGGAUGGACAAGACGCUCGGCGCACGACUCUUGAACCACCUGCUGAAAUCCCUACCCAGGUCUGGCGAAGACACCUGCAAAACAGCAUUAAGGUCUUCGAGCCCAUCUCAGCAGCCUGUCCUGACACCCAAACCCCCACCGAGUCCCAAGGGCAAUGCUCCUGGCAGAAGCCCCUUGCAGGAACACUUCUACCUUGCUGAGAACAAGCAGGCUUUGAAAAAUUCCUUCCAGCUGCCACCACCAGCUGUUUUCAGCCAGGUCGAUGCUGUGCCCCCCAGACAGGUCCUGCAGCCAAAUUUUUCCCAUAAUAACCCUAGUAUGGGGUCAUUAGAUAUGUGGAGACCAUGGUAA